AUGAUUCACGCGUUUAAAAACUGUUCAAACUUAAUGAUCACCGGGGCCAGUCGAGGCCUCGGGCUGCAGAUAGUUGAAAGUCUGGCAAAGGGAGGCUUCUCCCCCGGGAAGAUUAUCGCCACUGCGCGGAAUCCAGAUGGAGCCAAGGAACUACAAAAGUUGGCGGAAGAGUACCAAAACAUACACAUUAUUAAACUGGAUGUCAUCAGUCAGGAGAGUAUAGAAAGAGCUGCGGCUGAGGUGGAAGAGCUUGUUCAAGAGGAGGGUCUCAACUGCCUCAUCAACAAUGCCGGAAUCAAUGUUGUGGCAAACCUAGAGACCGUGACCGCAGACCAGAUGCUGGAAAACUUCCACACCAACUCUGUUGCCCCUUUGAUGAUCACCAAGGCCAUGCUUCCUCUGCUGAAGCGAGCAGCUGCAAAGGGGACGGGGAUGGGGAUCCACAGAGCGGCAGUCAUCAAUAUAACGUCUCUACUGGGUUCAGUUGAGCUCUACUGGGGUGAUCGUGCCAACACUUUCAAAUGGUACCCUUACAGAACAUCGAAGAGCGCACUGAACAUGGUCACCAGAUGCUUGGCAGUGGAUCUCGAGGCAGAUGGGAUCCUGUGUAUGGCUCUCCAUCCAGGCUGGGUGCGCACUGAUAUGGGUGGACCUGAAGCACCAUUGAGCCCUGAAGAAAGUAUUUCCUCUGUCUUGUCUGUGAUUGGUGGAUUAACCGAAAAGGAUCAUGGGUCAUUUCUGCAUUAUACUGGGGAAACACUUCCCUGGUGAAACUGUCAAUGUUUGUAAAUGGCAGUGAUAAAUAUCCUAUUGUUUUGCUUUAUACAUAUAUAUUUAUAUAUUUAAUAAUAUACAUUGUUUAGGGUUAUAUUUAUUUUACUUGCUAUAAAAUGUUACUUACUGAUAUUCGGGGUGUGAAUGUAAUCAGAGUGGAUCAUGAUACAAUUACUGCAAUGUUGGCAUUUAAAACGCAUUAAAAUGAUCAAUUUACUGGUAAAUUCUGAAAGUAUUUUCUCCACUUGUUUGUCUUUAAAUGCAAAACCAAAGAAACUAUUCUGUUAUAUUCUAUUUGUAUUAAUAUUCACAACAUUUCUCCCAAUAAAGUAUUUAUUUUUUCAUAGUUUUGUAAUGCACAAAAUACAAGCUUUUCGAAUUAAAUGUUGUUUUGAGGUUAAA